AUGGCUAAUAUUGGACUCUCUGAUAGCCAACAAUGGAGACCUGGUGCCCCUUUCAAUCUUGUCGGUGGCCUUGAUGACUGGCUCAAGCGUCUCUCCCAAAUGGCGAAAGGUGUCUUGACUGGACUCCUCGCCAAAGCCCCAAAACGAUCGUUUGCGAUUCGUCUUCCAGCGGAGGCACUCUCUCCCCAGCUCGGCGAGGUAGCGAAAGUCCCAGCCACUCCUUCGCCACAGGGAAGUGCGACGGGAAGCUCUCAGGCUUCCGUCAAGACCAACGGAACGAAGAAGGAUCCUGUGAAGGAAUACUUGAACACCGUUCCUGGUGUUCCCUUUUUCUACGUGGGUGAUGACUCCAAGGUCACGGUCACGCAGAAGAGGACUGCCUUGAGCUUUGGCGUGAAUUAUGCGAACACUACUAGUGAGACAAAGACUUCUAGCCAGGAUCAGACAGUCGGGAAUGCUGCCUUGAGUUGGGAGGCCCGCGGGGGAGAUACAGUGCUUUGCUCAAACCCUUCAGCAUGGGCAGCGACCGUGAAAGACUAUUUUUAUUGGAGAAUCACCGAGCAAUCGCAAACAGUGUUCCUCGUCAGCGUGAUCGACGGUAUCGAUCCUAACAUGGCGCACAAGGUGGAGUACCCAGACCAGGAGCAUGGAAGCACUCCAGACAACACAAAGCUCACGGAAAGAGAGCUCAUCAACAAGGCAACCAACCUACUUCAGGGUCCAGAGAUCUCCAAACCGAUGCAGGUUAUACUCAACGCUUACAAGGGCGACAGUGACAAGAGGCAAUAUAAUGACUGGGUCACAAAAGAGAAGCCCCACAAGGUUGACCUUCGGAGAUUAAAGAACGUGACGAGCGCAUGGUCAGACAUUUCGCCCUCACAGCAGAUCUACUACAUUAUCUUUUUCCACAAGGAAAAGAAGCUGAAUGUGUUCUCUUGA